AUGGAAGAGCCAAAGGCGACCUUUCGUCCCAACGUGGGCUCAAAGGAUAAGAGCGUGGGCUGGUAUGAUCAGACAUUUCACGGGAUCGAGCCUGCGGCCCGCAAGCUCCUCGAGGAGUACUCCCACAUACCCCCGGAGGAGGUGGACCAGUAUGUGAUCGCAAUGCGCGACAAGGCAUGGGACAUAUUCCCCUACCCCUGCAUAGGGCAGUUCCGCUUCCUCAACCUCAGCCUGAGCAAGAAGCCCUCAUAUGAGAGGAUUCUGGCACGCAUCAGGGACGGGGCGACGUACCUCGACGUCGGCUGCUGCAUCGGUCAGGACAUCCGCAAGCUGGUGCACGACGGCGCCCCAGGCGCCAACCUGCACGGCGCGGAGCUGCAAGAGGGAUUCAUAGGGCUGGGGUAUGACUUCUUCCGGGACAGAGACACCCUCGGGGCGACGCUGGUGCAGGCGGAUGUUUUUGAACUCGGCGAGGGAAGCAACCUAAGCGGCAUGGUGGAUAAGGUGGACAUUCUCCAUCUCGGCAUGGUGCUGCACCUGUUCGGCUGGGAUAAGCAACGGGAGCUGCUGGAGAAUUGUGUUAAGCUGCUCGGGCCUGCGCCUGCCGGCCCGCUGAUCCUUGGGCAGGCCGUGGGGGAUGUGGAAGGAGGGGUGAAGCCUGGAGGGUAUAUUUUUACUCACAAUGUUGAAACUUUCAACAAGAUGUGGUCCGAGAUAUCGGAGCGGACUGGGAUAGAGUUCGAGUGUAGAGCGACUCUUGACAAGGGCUUGGGCAUUGCGGAGUCGAGACGGGGAUGGGAUGGUGUCACUAGGAGGCGGUUGUCCUUUGAGGUUGAACGAGUCGGCUGA